UUGUUUUUCAUUAAUUUACUGCAUUUUCCGCUGAAAUUUGUUAAAAUAACUCUUUAAUUCUGCACAACAGACACAAGCAACAUGCGAGCAAUUGAGAAAUUAGCGAUUGCUGCGGCUCUGCUAUGCUGCAUGCUGCAAACAGCUUAUGCCAUCAAGUGCUGGGACUGUCGCUCCGACAACGAUCCCAAGUGCGGCGAUCCCUUCGACAACAGCACACUCGCCAUCACGGAUUGCCAGCAGGCGCCCGAGCUUGAACACCUGAAGGGGGUGCGGCCGACCAUGUGCCGUAAGAUUCGGCAGAAGGUGCAUGGAGAGUGGCGUUACUUCCGGAGCUGCGCCUACAUGGGGGAGCCGGGCAUCGAGGGCGAUGAGCGCUUCUGCCUGAUGCGGACCGGCAGCUACAACAUUUUCAUGGAAUACUGCACCUGCAACAGCAAGGAUGGCUGCAAUGGCGCCAAUGGGCGUGGCGGGAGCGCCGGGAGCGUUUUGCUGGCCACCUUCGCCGUCGGCCUGGUGGCGCAUUUCUUGAGGCAGUAGCAAAAAUUGCCACAUUUAUGGUGUUGGCUUCUAACUAAUAGUGCCUUCUGCUCGGCCGACACACAUUGUUCGACCGAAUCGAAUCUAAACUAAAAACUUAACACUCGGAACGCAACUCCAUCCAUUUUAUCUCAAUCUCUAAGCACAUUCCGCAUAGUUUAAGCAAACUGCUCCAAUAUUUCUCUGUCCAUAUCUAUUUUGUAUACAGUUUUACAAUGUUUAGAAUUAAGUAAAAAAGUUUACAAAUUUUAUUGUAAUGCCGUAGUAGAACAUUUCUGUCGAAGAAUAAACAAA